AUGGACGCAACGCGGCAGCCGCUGGGAGGCGGUCGAGACCUGGAGGACGAAAUUGGGCGCGUGCUGCGUAUUCUGGACACGUCGCUGAUGACGCCCCCGUCCGAGAGCGAUCUCGUGGCUCCCGAGCAGGCGCAACGGCCGCAGCAUCUCAAGCACGACCGAAUGCGUAAACUGGUGACGCUGCAAGAGAACAGAGACGGAGCGUUCGCUAAACUUGGCGAAGUGAUUGAUCUGAUGGAGUCUCUCGACGCGUAUGGCGAAGGGGCUGUAGGAAUGCAACAGCGGCAGAAGCAGGAGGACGAGGAGCUGCAAGAAGCACCGAAUGCUGUGGACGGGAGUAACGUUAGCACUGGUCUGGCCAUCGAUCAAAAGGAGUCACAGCCGAAGGACAGCACGUCUGAAAGGCUGCAACCAACAGCAGUCAGUAGCAACUGCAACAUGACGAGCAGCCUAUCUCCCGUGGGACUACUAAACGGUCCGUCCAUGUCGCCUGCAACCAUCAACUGGCUGCAAACGCUUGUGCCUUCUACGAGCACGGAGAGUCUCACAGGUCUCGUUUCUCCUGCCGCUUUAUUCAGCAUUGGCGCUACCUCAGCGUCCGCUGGAAGUGUUGCAGUAGACGCAGCGCCAAGCGGCUGUUUGAAUCGGGUGCCGUCGUGUGAAAUUAUUGAUUGGAAAGCGUACAAUGAGUCGUGUUCCGACAAGAAUCAAAAGGAACCAGCAAAAUGGCGAGCCAUCCCUCAGCAUGGACCACAUGCUGACCCUGGAGCAAGCUUGAGUACCAGCACUAUCACGGGCAACAAACUUCCACUUGGAUGUGCGGUAGCACCGGAGUCGGCUGAAAAGCAGCAAAAAGCCCGUCUUACAGCGAAGAACAUGAUGGAUGAGAAUAACAAACGAAAGGCGCUCCUGUCUCCAGAAUACGUUCAGUACAGCACUCCAAUCUCGACGACUGCUCCAUUGAAGUCGCGAGAACCCACAUGCAGCAGCGUCAAAGUGGAUAAGGAGCUGACACAGGUCACAAAGAAGGUACUGGAACCAUCAGGGCGCCGCCCAUUCAAAAGGUUUUUGCAUCAGACAACCGUAGCUGCUCUGGAAUCGGACUCAACACAGCUGCAACAGGAUGGUAUGGCAGCUUCUUCCGGGACGUUUCGGACAGAUCGAAAAGAUGACACGGUCCGCUGUAAAUGUACUGGCAAAUGCCGCAACGCUCGUUGUGCGUGCGUGAAGGCGGGAGCUGUGUGCGGCACGCGGUGCAAGUGUGUGGGCUGUGCAAACCCGUUCGUGCCGAUGCUGCGUGAAGGUAUCGAUACGCAGGUGGUGGUGACCGAUGUAUGCUUGAUGCAGUGUAUGUCUAAGAUCAAAGAUAUGCAAGAGCUGCUGAACUCGACGGUUAGCUACAAGUGCUGCGACGGAGGCGGUGGAGUCGUGCAAGUAAAGCAUACCGUUGAGAACGGGUUUGCCUGCCCGCAUUGUGGCGCUCACUUUACGUACUCGUGGUGCAAUAACCGAUUAUGUACUGACGCCAAGAAACCGCGCCGCCAUUGUGCCAAGUGUCGCCGGUGUGGCGACCACCGGAAUCAGCAUUGCGACCUUUGCAACCACUGCUUCUUUGCUGGUGUGGCGAACAGCUUCCGCUGUAGUUGCCAGUCUUCUGGAAGUAGUAGUGGGAAGGCAAGAGUGGUGCCAAAUCCAGUGAGCCGCGAUUCAGAUUUUGUCCCGAAAGAAGGUGACGGAGAUACGCAAAAGAGCUUGCGAAAGGUUGGGGCUCUUGGCCUAGCAGUUGUGAAUGAUGAUGAAAAGCCCGAUGCCGACAGUUGUCCGAAACCAGAGGAAGCUGACAACUCGUGCAAAAUGCAAUAA